AUGUACCAAUUCACACGUUACCUCUAUAAAUUUAUCAGGCAUGCGUGUGUCGAGCAACCAGUAGCUUCUGCAAGCAGGGAUCUUUCAAAUAACAGAGGUCUGAAAGGAACUCUUCCACCAUCUAUUGGGAAUUUAAAGAAUCUGACGAUCCUAGCUCUGAAUUCUAACAGCUUCAGUGGACCAAUUCCAGCUUCUAUUGGUAAUCUAUUGAAUCUUACAUGGCUGGAUGUAAGUGAGAAUCAGCUUACUGGAACCAUUCCAGUGUCCAAGGGAACUACACCUGGUUUGGAUAUGCUAGUUAAAGCAAAACACUUCCUUUUUAACAACAAUCAACUGAGGGGGAACAUCCCUCCUACUCUAGGACUUGUACAAACAUUGGUGACGGUCCGCCUAGAUUGUAAUUCAUUAAGUGGGCCCGUCCCUCCGAACCUCAACAACCUUACAAGUGUCAAGCAGCUGUACUUGUCCAACAAUGAACUCACAGGACCUCUUCCAGACCUUACCGGCAUGAACUCCCUUACCUACAUGUAA